CAGAACACACUUCUAUCCUUGACUUUAUCGCUAUUAUUCCUCUUUCUCCACGCUCUGUAAGGGUUAACGAGAUUGUAAACAAACAAAAAAAAAGAGCAAUGUCCUCCACCCCCGCCCAUCAUAUUCACCACCUCAUCAUCCAGCCGGCCGACGCCGCGCUCUCCCCACCGGAAAGCUACUUCUUCAUCCAGGACGGGCUCAUUAUUACCUGUGGAAUUCUCUACGCGUUUUGCUACAUCUUCUACAUGAUCCGCACCUAUAGCGACCGGACAUACCCAUUAGCCUCGGUUCAAGGAAUCCACUUUAUGAGUCUAACGCUCGCUUAUGAGCUAUACUACGCGGUGGUGAUCACAACGACGACUUUCGAGCUUCUCGGAUUUCUGGUCUGGUUUCUGCUCGACGUGGGAUUCGUUGCGGUGGCUCUCUGGCGAGUGCAUGAAAAGCGCAAUAGAUGGGGGAUAGUACGGAGGAUGGUGGGUUUUGUAGUGGCUGCCAUGGGUCUGCUGAGGGGGUUGGCGAUGGUGUGGCCGGAUGAAAGGGAGCAGAUUACAGCGUACUGGACAGGCAUUCUACUACAGGUUCCGAUCAGUUGGGUUUGUUUAUGGACCCUCUGGAAGGGUCAGAGUACCAAGGGACAUUCCUUGGAGAUCUGGCUCAUGCGAUACCUGGGCUGCUACGCGGCUUAUGCGGUAUUCUUCUGGAGAUAUUGGAAUGUGCCACAGAACUGGAGCUAUGUGGCUUCGGUGUGGAGUGUGGCGGUGAUUGCGUGGACGUUGCUGCUAGAGACGGUCUAUCCGUUUGUUUAUAUCUGGGUUUAUCAGACAUCGAAGGUGAAGGGGGAGUAAACCUGUGAUACACCUUGAACAUUAUUAGAAUAUUCUUAUAGUUCGCGGGCGCUUAUCCCACCAACCUUAGUCGGGAUAGAAUGGACAAAAUG